ACUCUCCUUCACAUCAUCUGAUCUGACAUCACCUGCUGCUGCUGGCUCCUGUCGUUGCUUACUACCUGGGCGCGCUUUGUAAACCGGCUCACUGCGUAGACAGUUGUUUUCGCUGUACUUGAUUGUGGAAAGUCUCUAACGCUUAAUUCAUCGCAUCGAAAAAAACCAACUAUCAAGACAUGGAUCCCUCUGCUGUGCACCAAGUGUGUGCUCAACUUGUCGGUGCUGUAGAGGUGUCUCUGGACCCAAACGCCAGUGUGAGCAAAAGAAGGGAAGCGUAUGAAGCAUGCGAGCAGUUUAAAGAAAAUUCUCCUAUAUGCGCACAAUGUGGACAAGUGCUUGCCCAGCUGCCAAAUCCAGCUAUCAUCAGGCAUUUUGGGCUCCAACUCAUGGAACAUUGCAUACGACACCGGUGGAACGUGCUCUCAAUCGAAGAUAAACUUUUCAUCAAGGAAAGCAGCAUGCAACUGUUGCGAGGAGGCACCCUUUCCAUGUUUGAUGAACAAUCGCACAUCAAGGACGCGAUUGCAAGACUUAUCGUGGAGAUGGUGAAGCGCGAGUGGCCUCAGCAGUGGCCCAGCUUUCUCGAGGAGAUGGACGCGCUCUGCAAGCGCGGCCCAACGCAAGCUGAGCUUGCGUUGCUGAUUUUCAGACGCCUUGCUGAGGAUGUAGCCGUUCUUCAAACCCUUGAAUCAAAUCAGAGGCGUAAGGACAUACACCACGCCUUGAACGCAAACAUGGAGAGCAUCUUUGGCUUCUUCCUGCACGUAAUUAACACUAAUUUGCAACUAAUUGGCAACGCUGAAGCAAACAAAAUUCCACUGAAGCUAUGUGAAGUUGUUUUGAAAACUCUGAGUGCGUUUGUUGAAUGGGUCUCAUCGGCUGCACUAAUCUACAAUAAUGGACAGCUCUUGCAUUCCCUCUGUGCUUUGCUCAAUGAUUCUCAGUGCGAACCUGUUCUUUACGCAGCAGCCGAGUGUCUAGUUCAGAUUUUGAACAGAAAGGGAUCUUGGGAAGAGCGGCAGUUUGCUGUGUUGCUUCUGCAAAAUCCGCACACGAUGAACUGCAUUUGCAUGGCCGCGGAAAGAGGCUUGCGCUGUCCUCCGAGUGAGCCAGUGUACUUGUUCCUGAAACUGCUGACACAGGUUGUGACUGGCCUCGGAUCUCAAAUGCAAUAUCUUCUGGCCAAGGACGCCAGCACUGCGCUGCCAGCAAACUUUUCCAUUUUUCUGGAGGUUCUCAUGCUCUUCACGCAGCAUCCAAGCCAUGUGAUUACCAGAGAGUGCAAUUCUCUUUGGGCCGCAUUUUUCAAGCACAAUCAAAUUUCGAAAAAUCCUGAAUUCAUAUUCUUUGCGAAGCGAUGGAUCGAGAUUUCUGUUCCUAAGUGCAUGAAAGUUGGGGUGCCAAGCCAAACAGAAUGCGCCUCAUCAGUCUACUCGACCAUGGAUUUUGACUCGGAUGAAGAGUUUUUCGUAUUUUUCCACCGCUACCGGGCCGAAAUGCAAGAUUGUUUGAACCAGGUCACUCUGAUUCUUCCCCUGGAGGCGUUCGAGUACGCUGAAUACUGUCUGAAGACCGUCAUGUCCAAGGAAACGCCAGCCGUGUGCUCCUUUUUCACUCCUCUGGUCAUCGAAUGGGAGGCAGUGACCGUCGUGCUCGACUCGGUUCUCAACAAAAUCCUGCACUGCGCCGUACGGCCGUCACCAGCCGCCGGGCUCGGCUUGAUAAAGCAGUGUCUGCAGUUGCAGAACAACGAUCCCUUCAUCAUGUCCUUCGUGCUAUCCAGCAUAUCCGCGCUCUUCGUCUUCCUCAGCAUGGACCAGGCGUGCGCAGCCACGCUGCCGCAAGUCCUGCAGAAGAUUUUCUCAGCUUUGGUCUUCGCCCUGCCUGGACAGACCAAGGACAAACGAACGAGAGCCGUGAAGAACGUGAGGAGACACGCGGCCUCGCUGAUGGUGAAGCUGGCGCAGAAGUAUCCGCUGCUCUUGCUACCUUUGUUCGACGAGAUCAAGGUGACCAUCAACAACCUGUCCACGGCACCGGACCAACUGUCCCAGCUGGAGAUCGUCACUCUGCAGGAGGCCCUGAUUCUGGUCAGCAACCACUUCAACGACUACGCCAGACAAACGAGCUUCAUCGCUGAAACGAUCGAGCCGAUUUCUCCCAUUUGGGUUUCGCUCGGGCCUGUUUUCAGUGACGUGAGGGCUUUCAUGUCCUACGUGGGCUUGGACAAACCGCCCGUCGAACCCAGCACUGAGGACACGAACGGCAAGAACCGAUCUCGAAUAAUGCGCUGCACCAAAUUGCUGUUCGCCAUCAUCAGACGCUCCCAGUGGCCGACCGACCCUGAACUGCAGGCCAAAGGGGGCUUCAUCGCGUGCCACACGCCCAACGGCGUUCCUGUGCAGAAAAAUCCUGCCGCGCCGCACUUCCUACCUAACUUCUUGCCCCAGCUUUUGGCGCUGUGCAAGACGCUGCAUGACCUCUGGAAGCCGGAUGCUCUCGCAGCGCUUUCUGAAGGCUACAAGAAGUGCAACGACAUGGUUGAGGAAUUGAAACGUAAUGCGUUGGGAACAAACGUAACGUCUUGGUCUGUGGUCGAGUCGGCAGAGCACAAACCCCAAUCGCCGCUGGAACGCAUGCAGAAUUUCCUAACCACCCUGUACGAGCACUGCUACCUCAUUCUCGGCGCCGCUGGAGUUUCUUUCGGUCACGACUUCUACAGCAUUCCAAUGCUCUCGGAAAACCUGGUACUCUCAGUGUUUACCGACCUGGAUCACGUGCCAGACUACAGACUCCGAUCCCUGAUUCGUCCCUUCCUCAAAUCCUUCAUUUCCUGCUGCCCGUCUAGUUACUACGAAAUCCUGAAGCCGCUUCUCUCGGCAAUCUGUCCCUACAUGUACCAAAGACUGACAAACAAGUGGCAGCACAUUGCAAGUCUCUACGACAAUGGAGAAAUCGAGAGCCCUGAGACUUGUGAUACUCAAUGCUGUGAGGCUGUUUUGGAGGAUAAUCUGAACAGACUGCUCUCUCGCGAAUAUUUCGACCUCCUGAGGGCGGUGCUCAUCGGAUCUAGUCCAGGAUUUUCAGCCGCCACUGACGAAACGAUGGACGUUCCCAUGGACGCGGGCCCACUCAACGCCAAAAACACCGAAGUCAUCAGCGAUCUCGGCAAACAAAUGUUGAGUGUAGACGUUAUCUGCCAGUCCGUAUUCCUUUGUGUUUUAAAAGCAUUUUCUUGGUCGGACAACACGUUAUCUCAAAGAGCGACUCAACUGACGCUGCCACUUGUGAAGCUGUUGUUUGCGGAAAGCAAACUGUCAGACCAAGCGGUUUCCCACAUAAUGUGUUCGAUUCUCCAUGGGCUGGAGGUGCAGGGAGAGCACGAAAAUGUCAGCACAAGUUUCACCCAUUUAGGAGCUUCAGUUUACGACUUACUCAGGCCGCAGUUUGCGGUCGUCAAAGAGAUUAUGCUCAGCAUUCCUGGGACAAGUGUGGAAGACGUUAACCGCCUCGAUGAAAAAGUGCUCAAUCCAGUCAAAGGAGCAAAAAGGGAGAAAUCAAUCAGGGACUCCUUCAGAAAAAUUUCUCUCAAGAUCACGAAUGAAGGCACAAGCAAGCUCUUCCAAAAGAAAGUCAACAUCAAAGAUCUGCGACCCAUGCCACGGAAGGUCAAAGUGUCGUCUUCUCUCAUGGACAGCCCGGAUGUCCAGCAUAAUGUUCUUGAUGAUUUAUUUGGAAACUGGGUGGAAAACGGAACGACAUCAAUGACGGCCAAAUUCAAUGAAAUUUUAAAAAUCACUCCCAGAGGGUGAGGGUGUACUUGAACCCCCUCAAAACCCACAACUAUUCAAAAGGGACAAUUUAAUUUGCCAAAUUUGACUGAAAAAUCUCUGUGAAACUAGAGUAAAUUGCAUUUGAAGCAUAAUUUUGGGGCUAAAAAUGUUUAUCGAAUUUCUCAAAAAUACGGAAAGACCGUAACUCAAUUUUUUUUAAUAUAAUAAUAUUUUCUGAUUGAAUGAGGCACAUUUUGGCUAUCUCACAAGAAAUUAAAUUUUUUGUUUAUUUCGA